AUGAUUCUGGGAAAGAUUUCCACACAUAGUGAUGAGGAUGAAGAGCUGCACUCAACUGAUCCAGAGAGCAAAGAGAAGAACAAAGAUAAGAAGACAUUGUGCAAAGUGAAGUGGUCUCGAGACGAGGAUGAAAAGUUGAAAAAGCUUGUUGAGCAGCAUGGAACUGACUCUUGGAAAUUAAUUGCAAACCUUUUCCCUGGGAGGACAGAUGGCCAGUGUCAGCAUCGCUGGCAGAAGGUGCUCAAUCCCGAGCUCGUGAAAGGCCCAUGGACAAAAGAGGAGGAUCAGAAGGUUAUUGAUCUUGUACAUAAGUAUGGCCCCAAGCGCUGGUCAGUGAUCGCAAAGCACCUCCAGGGAAGGAUCGGAAAGCAGUGCCGUGAACGGUGGCACAACCAUCUUAACCCGGAGGUGAAGAAGUCUUCAUGGACCCAGGAAGAGGAUCGAAUCAUCUACGAAGCCCACAAAAGGCUUGGCAACCGCUGGGCAGAAAUCUCCAAGCUUCUUCCAGGACGGACGGACAACUCGAUCAAGAACCACUGGAAUUCCACCAUGAGGAGGAAAGUAGAACAUGAGGGGUACCUGCAAGAUGGCUGCAAGACUUUUGCUCCGUCGACUAGUGUGAAGAAACGACACAAUCGAUCGUGUCCUCCAGCUCCAUCCGAGCCCCAGCACAGUCCUCUGCCCAUGCCUGGACCCACCCAGAUGGGGGGGUAUUCAUAUAAUCCUCACAGCGGGCACAUGUUGGACAGUCUUCCUGAGAAUUCAAGCUACAUAUCACCAUCCUGCCUUGAUGAUCCUGACAGAGAGCAAAGAAUUAAGGAGCUUGAGCUGCUGCUUAUGUCAGCAGAGAACGAAGUCCAGCGACAAAUGCAGUGCAGAGUGUCAUGUAGCGCCGAGUCAUAUUCAACCUGGUCCGACGGCGUGUCGGACGACACGAUGACCACAAGCAGCAGCAGCAUAGAGGAGCAAGCAGAGCGAGCAGCAUGGAGGGGCCCUGAGGUCCCACAGGGACCCCCGGUGCAGCUUCCUGUUUCCCCCAGCAAGUUCCUGGCUGUAGAGGCCAGCACCGUGCUCUCCACCCUGCAGACCAUACCAGAGUUCGCAGAGACCAUGGAACUCAUUGAUUCAAUGUGUUUUGCUCUGCAGGACCCUGUUGCCUGGAGCGACGUGGCCAGUUUUGACCUGUCGGACAGAGCGACGCCCCCCAGGCACGACCAGGCGGGCUACGCCACCCUCCUUCAGGAGAGGACAGCUUACAAUCCCAUGGGCUACACGGUCAACACCCCCACCGCAGGCUUAGGCCCUGAGAGGAACGUCGAUGCUUUAGGCCUGGGGGGCGUCGUCUCCCUGACCCCCGUCAACUCAUCCAGACCCAACCAGGCAACCACCGAGAGGAGGAAGAGAAGAGAGAGAGGAGAAUCAUCUCCUCUUUGUGACAGGACGUGCGCCUCCUUCUUGGAAAAUAUCUCAAACUCGCCUAAGAAAACGCCCACAAAGUCACUGCCUUUUACCCCGUCACGGUUCUGCAACAUAUCAGGGGUGGAGCAUCUGAAUCUGGAGAAUCCUGCCCUCACCUCCACUCCUGUGUGCGGUCAGAGGUGUCACCUCAACACGCCGCUCCACAAAGAAACCACGCCGAAGCACCAGAAAGAAAACGAUGGUUCCAGGACGCCUAAAUUGCGCAAGACAGUCAUGAUUCCAACCCCGAGGACGCCAACGCCCUUCAAAAACGCUUUGGCUGCUCAGGAGAAAAUGCACGGGCCGCUCAAGAUGGAGCCGCAGCCGUUGGCGUUUCUGGAGGAAGACAUUCGAGAAGUUCUGCAGCAGGAGACUGGAACAGACAUCUUCAACAGAGCGGAUUUCCAGCCUGACUGCAAAGCGUGGAAAAAUAUUAUGGAUGGACCUGCCAGAAAAGUGCGAAAGUCCCUAGUGUUAGACCCUUGGAGCCACAAAGACAGCCACAGUGUCCAACUCUUACAAGAGCAGCUAAACGAUGCACAGGUGUCUAAUGAAAGUCAGUUGACAAGUUCUCCGCUGGACGCCUCGAUCCCUGAGCAGGAGGAGAGCAGCCGCUCUCUGCCUGCUGUCCCCGUCCACCCUCAGCGCUUCACCAGUCCACGACUGAAGAAACCGCUUCCGUCCUCACAGAAGACGCCUAAACACGCCGCCACGCAGGUGAGUGAAUGGGAAGCAGUGGUUUAUGGGAAGACAGAGGACCAGCUGAUCAUGACAGAACAGGCUCGUCAGUACCUGAAUCCCUACCCGUCGUCCGGCUCUACCUCAAGGGCCCUUGUCCUCUAAGAAGCCGUCCUCCCCCCCCCUCCAUCCGCCCACAUCUGUCCAGAACCCCUGCUGAUUCCUGUAAGAGACAAUCCCGUGAAGACAAACCGUCUCCUGCUUUUGACACCGAGACGCACUGCCGAGGACGUCCACCGCAGAGGCGCGGCUGCCGGUGUUGUUUCCAGCACGCUUCUAGAUCACUGCCAAGGUAGCCUCUCGUCCGGAGGCGCGUUUCGUUUUCAGCACCCAGCUGUGCUGCCUCAGCAGUUUUUGUACAGAAACAGUGUAGUUUGAUUCUGCAGCAGCGAGUAACGUCGAAGCAGCCUACACACACACACACACGACAGGCUGUAGAAAUAGAGUGUGUAUUACUAGCAGUGGCUGCUUCUCAGUUUUAUAUCGUUAAUAUAUUGUUUGAGUGAGAAGAAGGGCGUUCAUCAUAUAUCUCCUCCAGCUCGCUUCGUUCAACUAUCCCACUGCUGUCAUCACAUUUUAAAAAAAAAAUAACCCACAAAAUUGCAGUUGGUUAGCUUUGAUUGUAGACGCACUAAACCCACAACCAGGGGUUUUUAACCAGACACACUCGGCACAGGACUCGUUGAUUUGCAGCUCGAGGCUCUCGAAGGCAGUCGUGGUUUUUGUGAUUGUGAUCAUAGCGGUCUGAGGCGAUGCGACGUUUUGAGGACUGAAGUAAGAAGCUGUCAGUAUUGCACUACUGCGUUGAUUUUUCGCUGCUGAAAAAGUGGCAGUGUUUUCAAGGGCAAACUGGAUAGAACUUGUGAUGGUAUCUGUUUUCUUUCUUUUUUUUUUUUUUUUUUU